AUGGCGACACCUAAUCAAGAAGCAAUCGAGACAUUCAUGAGCAUCACCGGUUCAUCUGAAUCGGUUGCUAUACAGAAACUCACGGAGCAUGGUGGAGAUCUUAAUGUAGCUGUUAAUGCACAUUUCACAAAAGGAGAUAGAAACAUAAGACAGGCAACCUCCAUUGUUGCUCCACCUGAGGAUUUCAUGGACAUAGAUGAUCCAACUCUUCCACCUCAGAGACCUCCUCUCUCCCUCUUUCCUUCUGCUAGAGAUAUCAACAUGAACCCAUUCUCCCUUCUUGAUCCAAACUUCACAAGAAGUAUAUUUGAUAGUGGGCCAAGGUUCAGGGGUAGUGAACCAUUUUGGUCUCAUCCAAGAGAACUGAGGAAACUGGAGCGACCCAUUCGAAUCCGUACCCAUGAACAACUUAACCCAUCAAGAUUACCCAACAGAACUGGAUUUGAGGAGGACAAGAAUUUCCAUGUAGUUUUAAAUUAUGUGAUAGCUGGUAAGUAUCAUGUUACAGAGUAUCUUGGUUCUGCUGCAUUCAACAAAGCUAUUCAAGCACAUGAUCUUCACACUGGAAUGGAUGGAUCAACUUCUAAUAAAGUAUACUUGAUGGUUUUUGAGAGAGGGCCUUCAGCAUUUCUUGAUGGUUCAGCCCAGUUGUUGCAUGACUAUGUUUUCCAUGGUACCGGCAUGCAGCAAGUUUCAUCCUCAGCAUCUGUACAUAUCUCUGAGAGGAUAAGUGUCUUAACUAGCUUAAGAUACUCACUGGCUACAUUUUUAGCACAGGUCUAUGUGGAGGUUGAGAAAUCGAGGGAGCGGAUACUUAAGGAGCCUGGGAAGUCAUUGGUUGCAUUACUAGGCACUAUAAAUGGCUUAUUUUUAAGUUUAGAAGCAGCAAUUGGCCAUUUCAGUGCAACACAUCAGAUUGGAUUUUUUGUUGAUGGGAGUUACUCGUUUCCUUUGAUGUUUGAGACACUGCCAGAUGUAAACCAAGAAAGUUCUCAGUGGACUGAUUGUGAGAUCAGAGAUGCCAUCAAAUUGAUUUAUUUGAAUCUAAACAAGCUGGAUGUCUACUUAUCAUUCUUGGACAAGUUUUUGCGUGUUUGUUUUAUAGUUGCUAAUCAAUUGUAUGAACUAUGUGAAGGAGUGGGCCCUAAACCCACCAAGAGUGAGUUAGUUCCAGCAUACGUGAGGCUACUUCGUGAUAAUGAAGCUGAAGUACGUAUUGCAGCUGCUGGAAAAGUCACCAAAUUUUGUCGUAUUCUUACCCCACAACUUGCAAUUCAACAUAUUCUUCCAUUUGUAAAGGUCACCAUUGCGAAUAAUCUGACUUGGGCUUAUGAUGGACAUUGCUUGUACAGUUGUAGCCAGGAUAAUUCUUUGCAUAGCUGGAUCUCCAUGGAGUCUCUUUACCUCCAAAUAUUCUUGGUGUUAAGACAUUCACAGAUGUGUUGGCUGAUAUGUGCGAUUAAUGAGUUUGAUAAGAUGGACGAGAUCACCACUUCUCUCAAUGCAAGAACUGUAGUUCUUGUUGCUGCCAAUCCUGCAUGGGGGAGAUAUGAUCUAUGCAGAACUCCGGCUGAAAACAUAAACCUACCUCCAACACUUCUAUCAAGAUUUGAUCUUUUGUGGUUGAUCCUUGACAAGGCAGAUAUGGACAAUGAUCUUGAAAUGGAGGUGCAGGAAGAACAUCAUACAAGCAUUUACAAGGAGCUGCUAUAUCUAUUCAGACUAGGCUUAGAGCAAUUGCUGCAAGAGAUGAGUUCAGAAGAAGAAGAAGGAGCAAGGCUGAAAAUAUAG